AUAAUAUAUCGCCGCGAUAACCGACGAACGUCAGUCGAUGGCCGGCUCUGUACUAUACUGGCGAAUCAUAUAAAUGAUAUAUCAAGCCCGAUAAUAGUAAAUUGCGAUUAGAACAAAAUCGAAAAACAAAAACGUAAAUCCUUCUGCAAAAUUAUUAUUCUCGACGAUACGGCAACACGACACUUGUAAUAGUAAUAUAUAACCGACGGCCGCGAGAUAGGCGACCGCAGUCGACGAUCAUAACUCACCUAAGACACGUACCAUUAAAUAUCAUACGCGCAGUGCUGAUAUCGUACAUACACCCGAAUUCACGUCCGCAGGUAUUCGCCUGACCGUCAGCGCGGCCGACGCCCGUGUAGGUUUUGGGUCCGUCGCCUUUGGACCUUUGGACACACAUCCGACGACGUUUUUCGAACACAUCCGCGCCCGACCAUGUCCAUAACAUUGCAGCGCCGAUGGCCGCUGCUGCUCGUCCUGCAGUGUUCCGUCGCGUUCUUCGCCAUCGGCCAGGAGCAAGUUUUGGCGCACCGGAAGUGCGAAUCCAGACAUUUUGCAUCUCUAAACGGAAGCGGAUUCGACGAAUGUAACAAUCRGAAUGACUCGUCAUUGUCGUCGCACACGGGACAGCUGGACCAACAGCGCCGAUACGCCUUUUUGUCGGCCGACGACAAUAAGAAYGUUUCGUUUCUGGUUCAAAAAGACUUGUACCGGGGUAAUAAACAAAAGGACAUAAUGUUGUCAAACACCAUUCAAGGAUUGUUUUCCGCAAGUCCUCCGAUGGCUGUGUUAAGCAGUUCAAACGAAUUAUGCAAGAACCAUAGUCAGAUUUAUUUAAGAGAAUUAGAAAAAUUAACAAUAUGGGCAUUAAGAAUGUACGAUUCUUCAGCAAAAAUACCAUCGGGCAUUCUGAACGGAAAUAUAAAUCAGUUUGGAGACUUCGAUCAAUGUCUGAGUGCGAACGAUGAAAACUUGGGCAUUCGGGGACAGUAUUGCUUGACAUACAUAGAAAUGACGUUGCCAUCAAACUCCAACGAAAAAUUAAAAUACAUAAUCGAUUUAAUGCAUUCACACUCGGCAUUUCGUAGUCGAUUGGAGGACCAUCUCGGAAAGCAGUGGACCGUUAUUGCUCGGGCGGCGAGUCUCUACACGGAUCCUUUCAUAUUCAUGAGUGGAUUAUUGACUGCGAUAUCGUUCUUGAGACAUUUAGAUCGAAGAGGCAAGAUCGAUUUACCAAAAGAAUUCAUUUCUAGAUUUGCCAGGUACUGUUUGUCGCAUACACAUCACAUUGGAAUAGACUCACAGCUGUUUAUGGUGUCACCAUUGCUCGUUUGGACUUUGUGGAAAUGGCCUAGGAGGAGCAUGGUGGCGCUCGUGGGGUUGGCGACCAUAUCAACCGGACUUCGAUAUUACGUGACGCUAACGAAAAAAUUGAACUUAUUCAUCAAUUUUGGAAGCUCAGUUUCACAAAUGUAUGAUACUGCUGACUACUCAUACAUUUUGCCAACUCACAGGCUGACCGUGUACAUAAUGGGUAUUCUAAUGGGUUAUUGUCUGCGUUACGUAGGAAGAAACUACCCAUUGAAAAGCGUUCACUUGAAGUUGGGAUGGAUCAUCGCUAUUGGAUUCUUCUACGAAGCGUUUAUUCACCCGGCCAAAAUGGGUGACAUCGACUACGUAUAUAAUGCCAGCGAUGCUGCCAAUUAUGCGGCUUUCGCGCCCAUCUACUGGUGUAUUUUUUUCAGUUGGAUUAUAUUUGUCUCAUACACGGGCAAUGGAGGAUUUGUAUCGUCAUUGUUUUCUUGGAAAGGAUUUAUCGUGUGCACACGUCUGUCGUACACGUUCUACUUGACACAAUUUCCGGUGUUUUUCUACAACGUGGGAAGUCAUAGAUCUGCGUUGGAAUACAGUUUUGGAUUGAUCGUAAGUAUAAAAUAUGUAUAG